UCGUGGGAUAAAUAGCGGCUUCCGCGGCCGGAACUGUUCUGCGAUCACAGUUACUGUACAAUCGAAAGCCACCUAUACUGAAAUCAAGACACUGUCAACGAGAUGGCUUCACCGACCAGUCCUGCGUCGCAGGGUCUCCCGACCCGUAGCAACACGGUACGGACUACUGCGACGGCCACUACAGCGACCGGCGGGGGAAUGAGUGACGAUGAGGCGGUCCCGGAUGAGAACACCAGUGAGACCACUGCUCUUCUCUUGGAGCGCCUUCAAGCAUGGAAGCAUAUGUGUGGCUAUCUGGAGGACUAUGUCUCGUCUACAGCGAAGGUGCAGAAGUCGCAAUCGAAGGAUUAUGAGAAGAUCCUCAAGACUAUCAGUGAGCCAUUGAGGGAAGCUCAUCAUUUCAAUUCAGGACCAAAUGGAGUAACUGAAAUGUUUGAGAAUAUGAAGGCCAACACCCAGGGAAUGGUGAACAUGUACCUUGAAACGGAAAAAAACCUCAAGGGAACCAUCUUGCCGACUUUGGAGCGUCUGCACAAGGAAAUCAAGAACAAAGCAAAGGAGCUGAAGUCCGGUGCAGCAAAGGGUUCCAAGGCAGUUGAUAAGGCUAGGGCUUUAACUCAGAAGCACAUUGAGCUCCUCGGUCAACAUGCGGCUGCGGUGGAAGCGGCGGCCAGUAACAAGAUUGAACCUAGCAACGACCCUUAUGUGUUGCGAAGAGGCGUCAAUUAUCGUUUGAACAAACAGAUCAUUGAGGAGAACAAUAACCGCAAUGACAUCCUUGCGGUCCAGCACUCUUUCCAGCAGUUCGAGAACCAUAUUCUGCAGACGGUUCAGAACACCUUCAACCAAUUCUUCCAGUUGAUGGGAGGUCAGAAUGACCGUCAGCGUGCCCUGUACGCAGACAUCUUGAGUAGUGCGCAGAAGAUUCCACCAGACUAUGAGUGGCUGAAUUUCGUGAUGCGAAACGAGGGCGUACUGGUCAAUCCAGAUGCUCCCGCGAGGUCCAUGUCUAACAUUACCUAUCCGAAUCAGGAUCACCGCGCCACCAAGUCUCUCAUCGAAGGGACUCUCGAGCGCAAGUCUCGUGCCGGUAUACUGAAGGGCUACAACACUGGUUACUUUGUUGUGACUCCGGCGCGCUACCUGCAUGAAUUCAAGGACAAUGACGACUUCCGCCACGAACCGACUCCCGAGCUGUCACUCUAUCUCCCGGACUGCGUUAUUGGUGGAAUCGACGGCGUCAAGUUCAGCGUAAAGGGUAAGGAUGUGUCCAGCGGCAAGGUCGGUAACGCCUUCCACACCACCACUGAGCUGCAUUUCAAGGCUUCCACACCGGCCGAUGCGGAGAAAUGGUGGAACACUGUCAAGAGCUGCAUCGACGGCCAAGGAGCUCAUCAUGCCGCAACCUCGCCUAUAAGCCCCAUAGCUAGUACAGCAACCACGCCUGCCGGCAGUAGAAACGUCAGUGCUGUGCAGCCGAGUGGCUCCCUUGAGAAGGAACUGGAAGCAAAGGGGGAGAUCCCCGAGACGACUGCGGCCCAGGACCAUGCCGAGGAAGCGACCGCUCAAGCAGCUACAGAGGGUGCUGGAGCUACUAAAAAAGAGUGAACGCGCCCACUGGCAUGAUUACGACAGAACAGUAGGCCACUGGAUAAAUACCGUCCUAUAUGCUCAAUGUAGUACCCUAAGGUCAUUGGAUGUGCAGCCAUAUCAUCUGCGUGAUAACAGCAUCUAUC